CGCCACCGUAGCUCGGAACAAAUCGUUGGUGUGACGCUCCGCAACUACAGUACAUACUGUUCAUCUUGUACAGUACUGUUCAUCUUGUAUGGUCCCACGUUCAAUCUCAACAAAGUACCCCUCAAUGCGUGGAGCCUCUCGUCCGACACCAGCCCGCCCACAAACAUACAGCACAACGAACAGAUCACUUUGAAAUUGCCCAUGAAGUUCCCACUUCCGAUCGACUACUUCCAGUGUCCAACGCUGUCUGUUGGCGAGACCAACAAGUUCAAGGCCCAGGCCAAAGAUAACGUCACAAGCUUGGUUUCCACGGCUGUGUUGCGAGGGGGGUCCGUGGCGUGGGUCCUCUUGUCCGACGAAACGGAGCUCAAGAUCUACAAAGCCACCGACCGGUUGCGCGGACUGUCCAUGUACAUUUCACGGUCGACGGUCGUGGGCACGCUGGACGAAGUCGUCGACGUAUUCCAGACCCACACGACCGAGCUCAUCAAGGAUUGCAAGCGCCGAGUGGGCAAGGACUUGCUGGACGUGGCCACGCUCUACGACUUCAACCCGCCGCACGAAACCAGCACGAUCAACAAUGUCGGCAUCAUUUACGCCGCCAUGAAGAGUCCCCCGUUUGUAGCCGAUCGAGACUCGGUCAUGCUUGAGUGUCGGUCGCCUUUUCAAGACAAAUCGAGGCGGGGGUGGUGUCGCAGCCUCAUUUCCGUCGAAGUCGAAGGGUGCCCUCCCUUCCCUGGCAUGGUUCGUGCGCACCAGUACGGCUCCGGUCACCUCUUUUUAGAGUCCACCCGUCGCGGCUACGUCGAGCUCAGCUACAUCAGCCACGUCGACUACGGUGCUGUGGUUCCGAUAUGGAUCGAGGACAUGGCCAACAAGAAGCGGUGCCGGAACCUCAUCACGAUCGACCGGUGCCUGCGGGAGAACCGGUUGCGCCAAGGACAAUUUCUCACCAAAGUGCCCAUGGCCCCUGGGGCGUCGUUGGACUCGUUUCGAUAUUGCUUUUUGUGCACCAAACCGUUCCGUCUCUUUCGCAAAAAGUCGUUUUGCUGCAAAUGCGGCCAAGUAAGUUGACGUUGUUGAUGCGUUCUGGUGGUGGAGUGAGACAGAAAAAUGAACUUAGCGGAUGACAUUGCAGUGCAAAUGAUCUUUGUAUCGUGCCUGGUGCGGUGUGUGUAGGUACUGUGUACGGGGUGCAACCUGUGGUGGCAACUCAACAUCAACGGCAUGAUGGUGGCUAUCCAAGCGUGCCUCAAGUGCGCUCAGCGGUCCACGACUACCCACACGAUGCUCCCAGCCAACCACCACCAAUCCAACCCAUAAGUGGUCAAACAAACCACGAUUGUCAGCACCCUUCAACCCUCGACACCGAGCCUCCUUGUACAGGCAGGCCUGUGUCGAUUAACUAAUAGCGAUAUGCUUGAAUGUCAAUAACGUUAUGUAUAAUUUCAAUAUACAUAUUUCUGUCC